AUGGGCUGCCUGGGCCAGCUGCGGCUCCCCUGCUGGCUGCUUGUGUAUUGGGCUCUGGCCGCUUCGGACGCCGCCCCCAGGCGGAGACCCUCAUUCCACGGCCACGUGCCGGAGAACUGGCCGGCGGGCACGCGGGUGAGCGGGCUGAGCAUCCCGCUGACCCGGCUGGGACCGGAGCCCUGGUGCGCCAAGGUGCAGGGGCGCCGCUGGCACCUGCAGCUGCUGGGCGAGGACCACGCGCACUUCCAGGUGUCGCUGCAGGCGCGCUCGGGCCAGGUGUGGCUGCGCACCCGCCGCCCGCUGGACCGCGAGGCGCGGGCGCUCUACGCCUUCCGCCUGGGUUUGUGCUGCAAGCACUGCCCGCCGCGCGGCGUCCCGCCCGCCGAGCUGGCCACCCUCACCGUGCUGGUGCUGGACGCCAACGACAACGCGCCGCGCUUGGCCGGCCCCGGCCCGCCGGGCGGCGUCACCCGGCUCCGCGUCGAGGAGACGCUGGCGCUCAGGUCCCAGGUGUGGCAAGUGCGCGCCGAGGACCCGGACGCGGGCGCCAACGCCGAGCUGCGCUACUUCGCCCGGCCGGGCAGCGCGCACUUCUUCGUGGUGCCGCGCAGCGGCCGCGUGCUGCUGGUGCAGUCCCUGCUCCACGUGCGGGCGCCCAUCCCGCUGCGCCUCUUCGCCCGGGACCGCGGGCAGCCGCCCCUGCUCAGCGCCCCCCUGGACAUCGAGGUGCUGCCGCAGGUCAGGCAGCUGCCGCCGCCCCAGCGCAGCCGCCGGACCCCGCUCCAGCCCGACUCCCCGCUGGCGCUCUCCUUGCCCGAGGAUGCCCGGCCCGGGACUCUGCUGACCACGCUGGCCCCGGCCAGGUUCGCCUCAGCCUGGUUCGAGCUGGUAUCUCCGCCCGCAGGGGAGUCCCCGCUGCGGGUGGACAGGGAGAGCGGGGAGGUGACUCUCGCCAGGACCCUGGACAGGGAAGUGUCCGCCAUCUGGGAGUUCAUAUUCCGCGUCCAGGAGAGGCAAGGAAAGGAAUGGUACUUGCUGCGUUUAGAACUUACUGUGACAGAUGUGAAUGACAAUGCACCUGAAUGGGCCAUGGAUCCUUUCCCAUUCUUGGCCGUGGUAUCUCCUAAAGCUGCAGCAGGUACUAAAGUGUAUAAGCUUCUUGCUGUGGAUGAUGACGAAGGGGUCCACGGAGCUGUAGAAUAUUUUCUCUUGGAAGGUGGAGAAGACAGAUUUGAGGUCGAGAAGGACAGUGGUUGGAUUAAAACAACAGGUUUGCCACUAGUGAAGGACAGGGAAUACCUAAUGACUGUGUUAGCAGUGGAUAAACUUGGUAAUAAAGGGUCUCCUGCUUCUGUUUCUGUGAUUGCGGGGCUUCGACCACCACAAUUUACCAACAUAUCAUAUAUCGUUUAUGUUCCUGAAAACAAGCUCCAGGGAAAAUCAUUUCUUACAGUCUCUGCUUUGUCAUAUCAAAACAAAUCCCUGAGCUACAAUUUGCUAACUAAUCCUAGUGGCCUGUUCAGCAUCCAUCAGGCAACAGGAGAGAUCAGCUUGACUCGGAGUGUGGAUUAUGAGAGUGACCAACACCAAUACUUGCUUCUGGUCAGAGCAACAGAAGGCCAAGAGCAGUUUAGCAGUGUAACUGAGGUUUUGGUUGUAAUCACAGAUGAGAAUGAUUGUGCCCCAGAAUUCCAGCAGUCAAUCUACAGCAAAGACAGUGUUCCUGAAACAGUUCCCAUGACAACUGUACUUCUGCAAGUGACAGCCAGCGACUGUGAUUCAGAAGAAAACGCUGAAAUAUUAUAUUACACUUUGAGUCCAGAUUUUAACAUUUCUUCACAUGGUACUAUCUUCCCAGCAACACAGUUGGACUAUGAGCGGCCCAACCAUCUUUAUGAAUUUAUAAUUAUGGCUGUAGAUAAAGGAGAAGAGCCAAAGACUGGGACAGCAACUGUUAGAAUCCGUGUUUCAAACAUGAAUGAUGAAGCACCCGAGUUUUCUCAGACAAUCUACAGGAGUUUUGUUUCUGAAGAUGCAGGCCCAAAUACGUUGAUUGCUACAGUCAAUGCUAUAGACCCUGAUGGUGAUGGCCUGACUUAUGACAUUGUAGCAGGGAAUCAAAAGGGAAACUUUGUUGUUGACCCUCAGAAAGGAUUAAUUCGACUUCGCUCGAGCCCACUUCCUAAGCUUCAGGGGACAGAGUACAUACUUAAUGUCACAGCUACUGAUGAUAAUGCUUCUGGUGGGCCUCACUCUCUCACUAGUACAGCACUGGUUAUCGUGGGAAUUGAUGAUGUCAACAAUAACAAACCUAUAUUUCAGAAGUGUCAAUAUUAUCGGGAACAUGCUUCUGUGUUGGAGAACCAGCCUUCAGGAACAUUUGUACUGAGGGUUGAGGCAACUGAUGCUGAUGAAGGAGCCAAUGGUAGAGUGAAAUAUGGCAUAAUGCAUAGAGAUGGUGCCUUACCAUCGUUUAGUAUUCAUCCUGAUACAGGAGUCUUGACAACUCUUCAGAGAUUUGAUCGAGAAAACCAAAGGGAAUAUCCUAUUACUGUGACUGCGACAGACCAGGCUGCAGAACCUCUCAUUGGAAUCUGUCAGAUAAAUGUUGUCAUCCUGGACCAAAAUGACAAUGAUCCUAGAUUUGAAAACACCCGCUAUGAAUAUUUCCUGAGAGAAGACACAAAAGUUGGGACUAGUUUUCUUCGUGUUGCAGCCCAUGAUGAUGAUUAUGGUUCAAAUGCUGCCAUAAUGUUCUCCAUAGCAAAUGAAGAACCAGCAUAUUUCCAAGUGAAUCCUAGUACAGGUUGGGUGUAUGUCAACCAACCCAUACCUCAGAGGUCAUUUACAACUCAAGAGAUUAUUGCCACAGAUGGAGGAAACAGGAGCAGUAAGGUUGAGCUGGCUGUAACAAUUACUAGUGCAAAAAAUCAGCCCCCACAGUGGGAAAGAGACAGUUAUGAAGUUGUCAUUCCAGAGAAUACCACACGAGAUACACACAUUGUGACAAUUAAAGCAACUUCUCCCAUGGGUGACCCUCGUGUGACCUAUAAUCUAGAAGAUGGACUUGUUCCAGAGACCAACAUGCCAAUUCGUUUCUAUCUGACUCCAAACAGAGAGGAUGGUUCUGCUUCAAUCCUAGUAGCUGAGCCAUUAGAUUAUGAAACAACAAAGAGCUUUGUGCUGAAGGUUCGGGCCCAGAAUGUUGCUGCAGUGCCUCUGGCAGCGUUCACUACUGUCCAUGUCAAUAUAACAGAUGUCAAUGACAAUGUCCCUUUCUUUACUUCGUCAAUAUAUGAAGCCUCAGUAACAGAGGGAGCUGAUAUUGGGACAUUUGUUCUUCAAGUCUCUGCCACCGACCUAGACCUGGGUCAGAAUGGUGAGAUCACUUACUUUCUGUUACAUGACCGUAGUGGGGACUAUACAUGUUUUCGCAUAGACUCACAGACAGGCUCCAUAUACAGUACCUCAGUAUUUGACAGAGAGAAUAAGGGGUCAUAUCUCUUGGAAGUAAAGUCGAUAGAUGGCUUUGAAUCUGCUCGACCUGGAAAACGUGGGCGGCCAAACUCUGACACAGCCUAUGUGCGCAUUUUUAUCAGCGACGUGAAUGAUAACAAACCUGUCUUCACUCAGAGUGUCUAUGAAGUUAAUGUGGAUGAAGACCAGGAUGUGGGUUCUACUGUCAUUACAGUCAGUGCUAAUGAUGAAGAUGAAGGAGCAAAUGCUAAAUUAAGGUACCAGAUCACAGCUGGAAACACUGGUGGAGUACUUGAUGUUGAACCAGAAACAGGAGCCAUCUUUAUUGCUCAGCCACUGGAUUAUGAAGAAGCGAAAAUGUAUGAACUUCACUUGUUGGCCUCUGAUGGUAAAUGGGAAGAUUAUGCAAUUAUCAUAAUCAAUAUUGUGAAUAAAAAUGAUGAGGCUCCAGUUUUCUCUAUCAGUGAAUACUAUGGAAGUGUGAUUGAAGAACUGGAUGGAUUACCCAUCUUUAUACUUCAGGUUGUAGCAAAUGAUCCUGAUAGCAGCAUGGAUGAAGGCGAUUUGAGAUAUUCUCUGCAUGGACAUGGUGCAAUUGAUGUCUUUACAAUAGAUGAGAACACAGGCAGCAUUUACUCACAGAAGAUGCUUGAUCGGGAAGAGCGAGCACUGUGGAGAUUUGUUGUGUUGGCUACUGAUGAGGGAGGAGAAGGACUUACUGGAUUUGCUGAUGUAAUUAUUAAUGUGUGGGAUAUAAAUGACAAUGCUCCCAUAUUUACCUGCAUGCCCGAUGACUGCAAUGGGAGUGUUUUUGAAAAUUCUCCUGCAGACACUUUGGUCAUGGAAAUGACAGCUGUGGAUUUAGAUGAUCUGAAUGUAGGUCUGAAUGCAAUUUUGACAUAUAGGAUAACUGACAAUGUAAAAACUGGAUUUGGUACAGACUUCUUUAAUAUCGACCCCAAUAGUGGCACAAUACAUGUAGCAGGGGGAAUGCUGGAUAGAGAGAAGACUGAUAAAUAUUUCCUUACUGUUGAGGCCAGGGAUGGGGGAGGGUUGACAGGAACUGGCACUGCCACUAUCUGGAUUGCAGAUGUCAAUGAUCAUAUACCUGAAUUCACUCAGGAGGUCUGGCAGGCAGUGAUUCCUGAAAACAGUGCAGUCAACUCAGAAGUUCUGGAAAUGUCGGCUACAGAUGCAGACACUGGGGAAAAUGCUCACUUAACAUUCAGCAUUAUUGGAGGAGAUCCAGAUCAGAAGUUUUACAUUGAAAGUAACAAAGAAGGUCAACGUGCAACUAUCAGAUUGAAAAAGAAACUGGAUUAUGAGAAACCUCAUGAAAGGUGGUUUAACCUUACGAUUAAAGUAGAAGACCUUGAUUUUUCCAGUGUUGCAACCUGCUUGAUUGAAGUUGAAGAUUGUAAUGACCACAGCCCAGUUUUUAAUUCCCAGUUUAUCCAAACUAACCCUUUCUUUGAGAACAUACCUGUGGGUACUACAGUCACCACAGUGAGAGCCACCGAUGAGGAUUCUGGUUUGAACGGGGACAUUAUCUAUUUUAUUAAAUCAGAUUCAGAUCCUAUCAGACAGUUUGCAGUUGACCCAGAUGGUCAUGUGACUGUUGCAAGUACACUGGAUCGUGAAGUCAUUCAGCAAUACAAUUUAAUCAUACAGGCUUCAGAUCAAGGGACUCCUGCCCAAACUGGAAGUGUUACAGUCCUGAUUAACUUGCUAGAUAUUAACGACAAUGAGCCAAGGUUUGAGGCAUCAUAUUUGCCCAUUGUUUGGGAAAAUGUGUUGGGACCUCAGGUGGUGUAUAUGAACCAUACAUCAAAGCUGCUGUAUGCUGUGGAUCCAGACAGUGGUGAAAAUGGGCCACCGUUAACAUUUUUGCUGCCACCUGAUUAUCAGAAUUCUUUGGAUUUUUCUCUUACUGACAACAGAAAUAACACAGCAACCAUUACUGCACUGAGGUCCUUUGACAGAGAAAAGCAGAAGGUGUUCCACCUGCCAAUAAUUAUAACAGAUAGUGGGAAUCCAUCUAUAAGUGCUACAAACACCUUGACCAUAACAAUUGGUGAUGAAAAUGAUAACAGCCAUGAAGCUGGCCAUAAGGAAAUCUUUGUCUAUACCCACAGAGGGAAAUGGUCAACAACAGUGCUUGGGGAAGUGUUUGCACCAGAUCAGGAUGACUGGGACAAUAAAACAUUUCUCUCUGAAGGAAAAAUGCUCAAGUUUUUCAGAUUAAAUCAAAGGACUGGCUCUCUGGUAAUGGUGGAUAAUGCUCCUCAGGGGACAUACAACUUAAGAGUCAGAGUUUCAGAUGGAGUCUGGCCUGAUGUAAUAUCUACAGUACAGAUCCAUGUCAAAGAGUUGGAAAAUGAAGCCAUACGCAAUUCAGCCACUGUACGUCUGGCAGAUGUCACAGCGGAGGAGUUUAUAAGGAAAGAUGAACAUGGGAAAAGCAGACAUGACAAAUUUAAGGAGUUACUGGCAGAAAUCUUCUCCACUCAUCCUAGUGAUAUCACUAUCUUCAGUAUGAUGAAUGUUGAUGGAAGACAGACAAACUUAAGAUUUGCAGUUCGUGGUGGCUUUUCUUAUUAUAGACCAGAAAAAUUGCAUGGUGAAAUGGCAGCAUUUAAAAACAAGAUCCAAACAGCUUUAAAAGUGAACAUUUCACAGAUUGAUGUAGACGAAUGUGGGAGAAUAGAUUGUCGUGGUGGCAGCGGUUGUACAAACUACUUCACAGUGAGUGACAUUCCAACAGUGAUGGAUGCCGGGAAUGUGUCAUUUGUCUCUGUAACAAUCACCAUCAGCGCAGUCUGCACCUGUUCAGCUAGAGAUCGAGUUCAUCAAUCUUGUGCCUCCUACCCCCGAAGCCCAUGUCUCAAUGGUGGGACAUGUAUUGACACUCUUAAUGGUUACAGAUGUCAUUGUUCUACUUCAUUUCAUGGACCUGACUGCCAGCAGACUAAGCACAGUUUCCAUGGAAAUGGAUAUGCAUGGUUUCGACCCAUCAGGCCUUGUUUUGAGAGCUUAAUAUCCCUAGAGUUUAUUACUGAGGUUCCAGAUGGGCUUUUACUAUACAGUGGUCCUUUAUCAGAUCCAGAGCCUGGGAGUACAGAGAACUUCAUGGCAAUAGAACUUUCUAGUGGCAUUCCUGUGUUGAAAAUUAACCAUGGUGCAGGCACUGAGACGCUGCAUUUCCCAAGUCACUUGAACUUGACUGACAAAAGAUGGCAUCGGCUUGAAGUCAGAACUAAUGGUCAGGAUGUUCGAUUCACUUUGGAUCGUUGCAGUGCAGCUAUUGUUUCAGAGAUAGAGGGACUAGGUAAAUGGUUGUCAACUGAAGACCGCAGAAACUGUGAGGUCACGGGGACUAUUCCACAAAGAGGAAGGUAUUUGGAUGUGAUCCAAGUUCUUCAGCUGGGUGGUGUAAAAGAAUCAAUUCCGUAUUCAUACCCUCAGUUACAGCACAAGCAUUUUACUGGCUGCCUGCGCAAUUUCAUCUUGGAUACUCAGGUUUAUGACCUUGAAUCUCCUGCAGAGUCCCUGAAUAGCUCCCCUGGCUGUGCAUUGACAGAUGGGAGCUGUGAGACCACGGGCUUCUCUUCCUGUGGUAUUCAUGGAAGAUGUCUUGGAGAGUGGACCUCAUUCAGCUGUCACUGUUUGCCUGGUUACUAUGGCUACAGAUGUGAUAAAGUUGCCAAAGAAUACUCCUUUGGGCCAGGGAGCCAUAUUCGGUAUCUGCUUCCUGUUGCUGCACCAGCCCGCAGGACGCUGUUAGAGGUGACGGUCAGGACACGACAGCCCAAUAGUGUCAUCAUGAGCAUGUCUUCCCGAGCCAUGGAUGAACACAUCACCCUGCAGGUUGUUCAGGGAUUCUUAACUGUCUCCUAUAACUUGGGUGAUGGAGACUAUGCCGUAAACCUUCCCUCCUACAACAUUGAUAAUGGUGAGUGGCAUCAUAUCACCCUGGAGAGAAUUGAAAACGAAUUUACCCUUCGCCUUUAUGAAGGAGGUGGGAAGAGAGAAAUCCUGAGAGCAGCAGGAGUACGCAAAGAGAUUGUGAUCGAUCCCAGUAGGUUGGUCCUUGGAAACACUUACUCUGUCAAUCAAAACCAAAGUUUUCAAGGAUGUAUGAAGGAUGUCAGAUUUAAUAACUACAGACUGCCUCUGGAUACUCACACUAAGGAGCUGGUGUCAGUAUUAAGUGCCCAAGGAGUGAAAGAAGGCUGCUCUUCAGAGGCUUGUAGCCACAACCCCUGUAGCCAGCCGUUUAUUUGUAUUGACUUGUGGAUGAUGCAUGAAUGCAGUUGCCCUCCGGGACACCUGAUCACAGAGAAUGCCACAGGCAGGCACUGUGUCUAUACUGUAUGUGCUAAAAGACCCUGUAACUUUGGCACGUGUAUCUCCCAGUCUCCAACCAAGUUCCGAUGUCAUUGCCCUGAUGGCUAUACUGGCCGUUACUGUGAAAUCACCCUGGCAAUCUUUCACAAGGAUGCAGGCUUGAGCUUCAGUUCCAUGUUCGCCAUCUGCAUUUGCUUUUUGGCACUAUUAGUUCUGUUCAGUGGUGCUUUCCUGUGGACUCGCUGGAAGAGUCACAAAGGUUUGAAUGGAGGAGUUUACCAUGUCUCUGCCUAUCAUGAUGACUUGGAGGACAUCAGAGAAAAUAUCCUCAACUAUAAUGAAGAAGGGGGUGGGGAGCAAGAUCAAGAUGCUUACAACAUGGCAGAACUCCAGAUGUCUCUUCAGACUAGCCCAGCCUAUUCUCUUUCUCUCUACAAGAAGAAAGGGAAACCAUCAGAGCUGAACUGUCCCUUGAGCAGCAAUGUGGCACCUAGCCCAAAGGAGCAGCUAAAAGCAUCUACAACUAGAAGCUCCUCCUUUACCAGUGAAGACUUCGGUCGUUAUCUGUCAGAUGUUGUUAGGGAUGCUGACCAGCAGCCCCAGGCCUUGCCCCACGAUUCCCUACAGGUAUAUUACACAGAGGGAGGGGGCUCAGUAGCCAGUAGUCUCAGUUCCCUGGAUUCCUCUGGACUGGAUGAGGAGACUGUGUAUGAUGACAUGAAAGAGUGGGGACCAAAGUUUGAGAAAUUAAGUGAACUGUAUUCACACAAAGAGACAGAGGACAUGUAG